AUGACCUCCCCAUCCAGUCCACGCAAAACCGGAAAUAUCCUGACCAAGUUUGUGGGAUCAGUACGCAGGAAGACUCCCAAAACAGAGCCAAACGUUUCUGAGCUCGAGAGUAGCCCGGAUGAUCAGGACGCAAAACCGUCCACAGAAGUACAGCUAUUAGAAUGUCCCAAAGAACAGGUCUACAAUGGAAGCUCUCAGUCAGGCUCACGGAAACUUCGGCGUGCAUACUCGUACAUUGAGAUCCCAAAGAAGAACCAAGAGUCGCCAAUUUCAUUUGGCUCAAUCAGGUCCAUGGGUCGUAAAGUCAGAUAUGGCAUGUCUUCUGUUGGUCGUAAAGAAGACUUAGGUGCAUCCAAGGCGGAUGUUCCCCAUUCUUCGCCAUUGAACGUUCCUGCACCCACCGUGGAUACCAAAAUCCCCGACUCGGACAUUGGUGAUCUUGUCCCCUGUAGCCCCGGCUCAGAAAACAGUGAGCGCCGCGAUCACGGGUUUCAAGCUCAUAUGGAAGAAGAUGCUCCUUUGUCGUUGAACAGGGCAAUGUUGACGGCCAAACGUUCUCGGCUACCGGUUCUGAACAUUACCAAGGACGGUUCACCAAAACGUUUCGCAGCCGACCCUAAUCCGACGCCACUGCCCGGUACGACGUUUAACACAUUGGAUGGAGUGAACGACGUUUCUAUUGACACCUGUAAUCCUGGAGAGAUUGAAGGCUACCGUCUAAUGUCAACGCUACUGGAGGACAAGAACGCUGCCGUCACUGGAUCCGGGGGCGAGACCAAUAAGCCUUCGGUUUCUCCUGUGUUGUCUCAAUCUAUGCAGCGAAGUACAGGGGCUCCUCACAAGUUGCGGGUCCCGUUUAGGCGCCUUGGUGCGGCGACGAAACCAGAGGCUAUACCUACACCUCCUUAUUCAGUAGCAGCACAAGAUCCCGCUCCUGCUGGACAUGAGGUCUGGGCGGACCCUAAUGUAGGCGUUUUCAGUCCAGCAAUCUACAGUCGGGGACCGUCUGUUUCUGGGAUCCCUGCUAUUUCUGGCGAAUUCAAUCCUGUGGCAGGUCAGAUUGGAAGCGAUUUUUCUGAACCCAACACCACGGUUGCUUCCUCAGAAUCUCCAGCUCCGAGUAUGGGGCCUAUAGAUGAAUUCUAUCAAAAGAGAGCAGAGCGCAAGAAGCGCCAUGAUGAAAUUAUAGGAACGAGCCCUCAUGAAUCAAGCGGUACGUCCCAGGAUAUCCGAUCAAGCCGAGAUGUCUCAAGAGGCAGCGAAUCAUCCGGAGAGGCGACACAGAUUGUCCAAAUACACAGCAGGUCUGAAGAAUGUGGUGAUGGUUUCCACCGCAAGCAGCUUUUAACACAACCAGACGACAAUAGCAGUGAGACCAACACGAAUGGAGAGGAUCUUGGUAGGAACUCCAAGAUGAUCAACGUACCUAAGACGAGAAGUCGUCUUCCAGAUGAACUGUAUUACCACGGAUGGAAUUUGGCUACUGGUCAGCUGGAAACCCAAUUGCCUAAAGCGCAAGAAUCGCUAGCUGCUUGCCGUAGAAGACUAAAGCAUAUGCUGUUGCAUCAGCACCCUUUCUAUCAGGAAGACAAACUCGGUCUUGAUCAAAGCCUCGACUCACUUGAAAGGUACCACAGCUGUGUUGAGAUCGAGCAGCAAGCUACUUUGUGGAACGCCUUAGAUAUCAUCAAGGUGUUCAGACUAUCCCAGUUACGCAAGCAGCAACUCACACAGCGGAACCAACUGGACCAGACGUAUGGCGGCCUCCUAGAGGGUGAUUUUGCCGAUAUGUCGCUGCGGCUACUAAUGGAAACCAAAGAACCCUCGGAGGAGACCAUUGCUCGCACCAGGUCAUUGCUUAAAGAGGCCACGUACCAUGCUAUCCAGUGGACAGGAGCCGAAAUCCGUUCUCUGGCAAUGUUGCCACAGACAACCCUGGAUGAGCUCCUUGGUCUGGCAAAAUCUCCAUGUGGUGACGUUGCUCCACAUGCAAGUUCCAGUGGACCUCCACAGCAAUUUCUUAAAAGGUCACCGACACCUUGGCCAAUAUUUGUACAGAAAUCCAGCACACCUCAAAUCGUUCGGCCUUCUGUAUUCGAUCCAUCGACCGACAGUGCACAGGCUCAACCUCUAUACGAUUCCAUCAACCCAGAGAACAUUAAAAUGACAAAGGACAGUGAGGGAAUCCGAAGUGCUCCCUACAGAAACAACAAUCCACAUGAACAUCCACUCAGUCGCGAACAAGGACCGAAACAAGAUACCUACCCAACCACUUCAUUCGAAGAAUGGCAGGAGCAGGGAUUCAAUCAUCUCUCAUUAGCUGCCAAGGAGCUGACAGACCCAAACCUUUAUGAGAAAGCAUCCAUGACCUUGGAACAAUAUCUCGAUCUUACGGACUACUGCUCUCCGAGGCCCAGACCUUACAAGCCCCUCUGGGCAUCCCUGAAGGAUGAGGAAGUAAGCGAAGAAGAGCGCGGCAUGAAGCGCAGGACGUUGCGCUGCACCUAUGUUGCACGUCUGCAGGGCGAGGCUAUGCGCGCCAAGCUUGACCCAACUACACCAGAAGGCUACGUCGUCCCGGAGUUCUAUGUCGGUGGGAAUGGGCGCGUUGAGCGUGCUUGGACGGUCAAGAAGGGCGGAGCGUGGGUCACGGUGAAGGAGCGCCCGGAAAAGGUGGUUUCCGAUGAAGCCGCGGACGAGACUGAGACGGAGAACUGAGUGAAUGCGGAGACGGAGUGCUAUUGGGGUUAGGGGUCUAGUGAGCGUAACACGAAGGUAUGCGUAGUGAGCUAUAACAUUGUGGGCUUGCGGAAGCAGGCGCUUUGGGUUGGGUUAGAAGGUGGGUUAUGCGGUAUUCAUGGGAUGGGUUCAGCAUGAAAUAAUGG